GACUAUAAUACUAUACACUGUUGAAUUGAUAGGUAUGUUUAACAAUUAAUAAAUAUUAUUCCAGUAUUUGUAAAAUGUUCAGUUUUAUUUAUUUUACAGUAUCAAUAUUAAUAACAUUUAUUCUGUAAUCAAUUUAUACAAUUUAAUAUCUAUGUACAUUUAAACCCGCAGAGGAAUAUGUCCUUUCCCUGUCUCCACAAUGGACGUCUAUUUAUGGAUUUAACUAAUGUUUGUAAGUAAAUCUGUAAAUAUACAUAUUAUUAUAAACAUAAGUAAUAUUAUAUGAUUUACGAUACAACGAGCAAUACACAGUUUGAACAUUUUAAAAUACUGUCACUACAAAUUUGUAUUAUAAAUACCUAAAUUUAUUAAAGUAUCUGUAUUUGAUUAAGUAGCCUUAGGUAUACCGAUUGUAUACAAUUUGUAUUGCAUAGAGUAUAGUUUUUUUUUACAUAUUAUUAUAUAAUAUACAUUUUUAUAGAGUUAUAUUUUUAAUGCAUCUGCAGUACCUAUAUCUACAUAAUAAAAGAAAAAUUAGAAUUUGCAACUAAAUAUGUACAUUACCUGUAAAUGUUUACCUUACCUAUAUUAUAUUGAUUACUGAGUGAUUAUUAUGAUAAUAUUUUUACUCUUGUGGAUUAUUUGUUUGUUAAUAGUUUUAGUGUACAUAGUAAUCAUAUACAAUAUUAUAUAUAUUUAAUAUUAUGUGAAAUCAAUACAUGUAAUUCGAUCAAACAUUUAUUAUGUCACUAUAAUCUAAUAAAGUUUGACUUUUAAGGUUUCUGUCUACGUAAUACUUUGUAUUUAGUUUCGACCUUUAUUUCAAAGAUAAGAUCAAGAAAAUCAAUAAAAAAAAUUCUUUAAACUUCGGGAAUCUGUAGUUUGUAUGAUAGAUUCAGCACAAUUUAUAUUAAUAUAAGUAUUUAAACAAUAGUAAAAUUACCAAAUUUGUAUUGUCGCAUUUGACGACAGACGUAAGAACAAUAGCCUCCUUUUAAAAGCUUUUUUUUUUUUUACAAAGAUAGGUAAAUUAAUAAUAUAAAUAAAAAUAUUAUAUAAAGAUAAUAAUUUUGAACAACUUUUCAACCAGAAAUCUUACUCUAAGAUUAAACCCAGUUUUAAGUUAAAAUGUAUGAUAAAAUUCGUUUAAAACAAUUGUAAUUAAUUUUUAGUUAUAACUUACAAAUGAAUGUAAUUUUCAUUCAUUUUAAUCAGUUUAAAUUUAUCAAAAAAGUUUUAAAAAAACUCCACUUAGAAUCGUCUGCAAUAAUGUUGUCGGUGUUUUUUGAAUUAUGAACUAUUACAAAAGUUACAGUUAUUUAAAAAAGCAAAAAAUAAAGGUUUUUGUAUCUUUUAUAUUGAGCUCUAUAUUUUGAAUAAUAUAAAAACCCUAUGAUAUUCCCUCCAAAAUAUUGCUCUCUAUAAAUUUUAUAAUCGAUAUUUUUAUAAAAUUUUCUUUAAAAUCAAAAUUCAGCUAGUUUUACUUAUUCUGCGUAAGCAUUGUUUAUGUAUGUUACCUGGUAGUUGGACUGGGACAGUAGAUGCGAGUAUAGCGUCCUUUUAAGCAAAUAAGUCAGAAGGGCCUAAUUGGCCAUAAAGAAUAAAAAAAAAAAAAAGUAUACACCUGCCUAUUUCUCAAUCGUACUUCUAAACUACAAACUAAAAAAAAAAUUAUAAUUUUAUUAAUGAAUAUAAAUAAUAUUUACUAAAAUAUAUGUAUAUUAUUUACUAUAAAAUUAGUCACUAUCAUCGUUGCUACUGUUCACUUGUCUAUUCUUUUCAAUUAUAUAUAAUUAUUUUUUUCUAGCUUUUUCAUUCUAAAAAAUUUAAAUAACAUCAUCCAAGUCUAGAGAUUUUACAAAUUUUACCACGGCGUUUGGCCAUAAUCGUGAAAUAUAUAUACUGAUAAUUUUAUGACCAAACUUACUUAGGCUACGGUUAGACUAGACCCAGUAUCAGUCGAAUUAAGGUUCUGCCGAACACGGACGAAAAAAAUAUAAGUAUGAAAUUAAAUUGUACUGGUUACAUUUAAUAAAUUUAGUUGUACACGGCCGAUGUCUGAUGAAAACAAAAUAUUUUGUGACACGUGUAUGCAUAUAGUAAAUAAUUUUAUUUAUUUGUUUUCAAUACGGGUCACGGUACAAGUACAGUCAGUUUUUAAUCUAGGUAUUUGACCGGUCUUAGUAAGAGUAAAAAAUGUAUGAGUAAAAAAAAGUCAUUACUAGGUUUUUUACUACUAUUUUAGUAAUGCCUCCCCUCAAAAAAAAAUUGUCUGGAUUCAACACUGAGUAAAAUUAUUAAUUAACAAAUUGAGAUACACAAUACAAUUUUAAUGAAAUCAACAGAAAACUGGAUGUUCUGUCGGCCGAAUUUUGUCCCCUUUAAAUGGUCGAAUAAUUCGACAGAUACAGUCUGAAAAACAUUCGGCAGAUGCCGGGUCUAGUUUAAUUAUCGACUUAAUGAGCAAAUCCACUAGUUUUACAUUUUUUCAAUACAAAAAAAAAAAAUUGUUUCGAGGGUUUAUUUUGCUUAAAGGUUAAUUCGGCACUAGUUGUAAGUAGGAUGUUUUAUCCACAUAAACCUAAAUACAAAUUUAAAAACUUGACAGUUUCAAAUGGCUAGAAAUAACUCAAUAAUAGUCGGAAAGUUUGAAAAUUUUUUUCAUGUCUAAAGUGCUAAUACAAGUAAGCAUUCAAAGAUAAUUUUAAGUCUCUGUGAUUAUUUCUUACCAAAUUAUAAUAACUAAAUAAAAUUGAAAUAACGGAAACCAUCAUUGAUGAGUACAUUUUCUCGUUUUUUUUUUUUCUUAUUAUUUUGAAAACUCUAAAAACUAUAAGGGUCAUCAAAAAAUCGAUGUAGGUGCCUACACAAUUUUAUUUUAAAAAUGGAACAAGUUUUCUGGUAAAAGCUGUUUACAGACAGGAAAAAUAAAACAACAGUAAAUUCAAUACUUUCUCGCUGUGAUCAGCAUCUAAAAGUAGUUAGUAGGUAUAGGUAUGUACUAUGUAGUUUGUAUGAGUACCGUUAUUAUAUAAAUACGUCAGUCUCGAAACACUUGACCAAUUGAUUUGUCUGGUCGAAACAGAGUAAUAUUUUAUGGAUCAAAACGAACGAUACCUACCUAUCGGUAAAAAUAUUAAUUUAUUAUGUUUGCUCCAGUCGAGUUGACAUAGAAAUAGUACGGUGUACACGACUACCGCUGCAUCAGUAUAAAGUAGUAUUGCUAUAGUAUAGUCUAUUCAGGUCGGCUAAUCCUACGUUAGUAAUGUUGUUGAUAAGACCGCGUCACAUGAUACGUGAUACGUGAUAGCGCGCCAAUAACAACUGGAAUCUACGUUUUUUAAUUUUGUAGGUCCUCAUCUGUGUCGUCUACAGUCUAUUGCCAAUCGCGGUGUUAUGUAAUCGGUUUUGGUGGUCUUCCGGUUUUUUUAUUUUUUUUUCAUAUUUUUAUUAAAACCUAAAUAUUUUAUUAUUGUUAUUCAAUUUUGAAUUAAUCAUUACUAUUUAACUUAACGAGUGGUAUCAAAAAGUUUGUGUGUAUUUUUUUCCCGUCAAUAAACACAAUAAUAGUAUUUAUAUAAUGAUGUUAUAGAUUUCUACAAUUACAUGGAUCAUUCAGCACCCAUCAAACCAUCAAAAAUACAUAUAUUUUGGGACGCCUAUUUGAAAUGCAAUAAUAUUGUGGGAAACGCACUUAAAAAUGAUUAUGUGAGUAUUUAUUUUUACAUAGGUACAUAUGUAUAUAGGUACCUAUACAUACUUACCUAUAUUAGGCACCUAGGCAUAUAUUUUAUUAACAGUAAUAUAUUUCAAUUUAUUGUAUAUAAGUAUUCAAUCUAGGUACCAACACAAGCUAAGCUUAAAGGUGGUUGGUAAAUUUAAACCAUUUUGUUUUUUUGUUUUCUGAGUUGAUAUGUUUGAUUUUUAAUAAAAAAUAUAAAAUAUUGACAAUAAUGCUAUAUGUAUUUAUACUUGUAUUUUAUUUUUACAUAGAAAAUCGCAUGGUUUGAUUUAUUGUUGUGCGAAAUACUGUCUGUACACGAAAAGACUAAGAAAGUUCCGGAAGAUAUUCCAAAAGCAAGGUAAAUUCUGAAACCUUUUUAUUAUAGCUUAAUUUAUCAAAUAGGUAUUUAUAUACCUAUUAUUACAUACCUAGGUAUCACUAAUCACAGUGAUUGCAUUUUCUUUUGCAUAUUUUAAAUUGUCCUUGCUUACUUGUUAAAACAGAGUUAACAUCUAAGUUAAUACUCGAGUUAAUAUUAUAUUUAUAUUCUUUAUAAUUGUUUAAAAUCCACUGACUACUGUUACUGUAGGUUGUAAAGUGUAUUACCUAAUGAUUUUAUUUAAUUCAAUAUUUAUGGUGCCAAAAAUUGUUAAAAAUAAUUGUUUAGUAUGAUUUACGGUCAUAAUACUUUUUAUUUAAUUAAAAAUACCAGGUAGAUCAUUGUCACAUAUGGUUUAAUAUUUUUAGAUUAUUGAGAAUUCAAAAAACUAUUAUAAUAUAAUACUUGAAUGUAAAAUGGUAUUUUUUUGUAACAAGUAAUCUCUGAAACUACUGGAUCAAUUUAGGUGUGGUAUUUGUAAAAUCUUUUAUCUAAUCUUUAGGAGUAGUAAACUUAGACUAUAGUAAUUUGGGCUGUAUACAAAAUAAUAAUUUAUAAAUAUUUUUCUUUGCUUAGCAACCAUAUAACUGAUUCCUAUAAAUUUGAAAAUAAAAUGCAUCUUAAAAACUUAAAGUUAACUGUAGUGAUAGUGACGAGGGUUGAAGCAAGGAAUUCAUGGGGAAAUCGUUUUUUUAUUACACAAUUGUUUCUUUGGCAUGGUCAGCAGUGGAUGGAGGACUGCUAGUAUUUUUAUAAUAUUACAAUAUUUAGUAUAUUGAAAUAAAAGAGUAGUUAUUAAACAAUAUAUUAUUUUCAUUAGGGAUGUCAUUAAAUAAUGUAUGAAUGUUUUAGUUUUGUUUUAUAGUUUAACUCAAUAUAUUAUAUUUUAAUUAAGUACCUAGAUUUUAUGUAGCUAAUUAAUACUUAGCAUGUACAAUAAAUGUUCUUCAGUUGAACAUAAAAUAAUAACAUUGGUUGUAGGUAAUUAUUUUACACAACAUAAUAUCGGUAUUUGAUUCAAAAUUUGUAAAAGAUAUAAAAACCAUUAAAAUUAAACAAAAAAAGUAGUAAGUAUCAUAUUAUAUUUAAAUUUGACUAAUUUUUUGUAUUUUUAGUAUAAAUUAUUUACUAAAGUAUUCAUAAUUUAAUUUAAUCUUGAGGAGGUCUUUGAUAAAGUUAAUCAUAGUAGAUUAGUUAGUCAAUGCUGAUGUUAUUUAAUCUUCUCAUUGGCAUAUGACCACACAAACUCAUUAGGAUACAAAAAUAAACAACCAUAUUUUAAAAUCAGAUUGGGUUUAAAUUCUUCAGUUUAAACUAUUUUAGAUUUUCAAAAUGUAUGUGAUGUACAUUUUUAAUAAACAUUUUAGUUAAUUUUAGUUAAUUUUUGAUUAUUCUGAAAAUAAUAUUCUUACUAUCUUAGAAUUAAGAAAUUUCCAUACAAAUCUUUAUUGUUUCAUUACUGUAAAGUAUUUUAUUACUAACAAAAUAUUAUAUAAUCUUAAAAUAAAUUCAAGGUUAUUUAUUUUAUUAUAUUCAUAUUAUACUAAAUUAAAUUAUUAAAUACAUUUUGGUGUAUUUUUAACAUAUUUUAUAAUUAGUUGUUACAUGGUUUUGGUUAUGGUUUUAUUAAAAAGCUGAAAUGAAUAUUAUAUAUCAUCUUGAAUUAAUUUAUUCUUAUUCCCUGUCAUUUUCUGACGAUAUAUUAAAUUAUUGAUGGGAUCUGUCAAUACAGUAAAGCUAUUCAAAUUCGUGAAGAGUUAGCAUUUUUUUGCGAACCAGUAAUGAUCCCUCAGUCUCCAGAACCAUCAUGUCAGCUUAAAUCUAUAGUUCAAAUUUUGUUGUGUUCAGUGGUCUAUAGUUUGGGACCAAAACUACAUCACACAAUAAUUGCCCUAUUGUACUGCCCACUUUAAACUCUUUGUUUAUAUUGAUUGUUUCAACUGAACUUAAUAUUGUUAAUUAACUGUAGAGUGUUAACUCACCAUACUACAUCUUUAGUUUAUUUCAUAUCUAGUCUUUUCUUCUCUUCAAACUAUUUAUCUUUUAUUAUGUAUAUUUAUUAUAUCAAACAAUUUUGCAAUUUUAUUUACUAACAGUUAUUAUAAUAAUCAUCCUUUGUAUCAUGUAAAUAGAAUUGGGUUAUUAAGAAACAACAAUGUAUUAGUUUCUAUACAAAGUUGUUUUAUUUUAUCUUUAAUAAUGCAAUACAAUGUUAUUAUUGACUUUAUUUAAAUCAAGUAAAUAAUAUCUAGAAUAUACAUUACUUGAUUUUAUAUAAUGCAUUGGUUAAGUAUAAUGAUUAUCCAAUAAAAAAUAUAAUUAUUUCAAAAAGCUUUCAAUAUCAUUAAAAUAUAUAGCAGAUUUUCAUAAAAAUAUUUUAGAUUCUGAGCGGAGCGAGGAAUGUAUUGGUUUUACAAUGAUGUUUAUUUUUGAUGUGAACACUUUUUCUACCAGAAAGAAUAUUCCGAUUAUCAAUUAUAGCAUAUUUUCUGAAAGGAAAUUUUUUGUGCGUGGUACUUUAAAGAGGUCAUUUUUUGAAAUUCUCAUUAAUAUCUGAGAUAAUGAGGAAAAUCUGGUUCAUUAGGUUAAAAAAGAUUGAAAGAUUAAAAAUAAAAUUAUCAUUGGAAUCCGUUUUUAUUUAUUUUUUGUUAUUAUACAAUUUUUAUUAUUUAAAAUCUUUUUUAAACAAUCAUUGUUGUCAUGAAAACUAAAAUUGUUGUAAUCAUUUUACCAUAAUAUGACAUAAUAUAUGUUGUUGACAAAUCAACACUAUGAACUAAACUCCGCUCAGAAUUGUUUUUUCGUUACCAAUGGUUUAUCAUUUCUUACAGAUAUACAUCAAAUUCCUAUCCGUAUCCUAUCUUCCCAACUUCCCACCUACAACAGUGGCUGCACCCACGUGCUAAGUAUAUUUUUCUUUUUUUUUGAAAACUAUGUUCAUCUUGAUAUACAUUUUUCAUCUAAUUUAAAGUCUUAAGUUUGAAGGUUCAGGUUAGAGACAUUUUUUAUUCAUUUUAGAGAUACCAUUUUGAGUUUUUCUAUCCCUCAAUAUAUACUUUUAAAAGUAAGUAUAUUGAAAUAAGGUCAGAUUUUUGUUUUUAUUAUUGAAUUAAAUUAUGAACCAUUUAUUGAACUAUUUUAGUGGAAAAAUAAAACUGAGUAUAACUCAAAAUACAAUUUUGCUACUAUAUUAAGAUUAAACAAAAUACCACUGUUUUAUUGUGAAAUAUAAAAGUUAAUUUCAUUAUUGCUUAAAAUGUAGAAAUAAAGAAAUAUGAAUUAAUGCUUUAUCCCUAAAAAGCAUUGAAAAUGUAAACAAGUAUUAUUAUUCUGAAUAAUAUAAUAUGUUUAUGUAUUUAUAAGUUAUAAUACGAUUCUUAAUAACAAAUAAUGUAGUUAAAUUAUGUGAAUGAAUACUCAAUCCAUCACAACAUCAUCACAUUUAAUAUAAUAUAUUAUAUUUUACGUUAUCUUUCAUUAUUCAUUAUAUUUCUUUAUUCACAAUUCAUAACUAUAGUUUAUUUAUUAUUGAUGAAUUACAUUUGUACAAAUAAACUAAACAUUUGUUAUAUUACUUGUUCAGUUUAUAUUGUUUGUAAAAUUAAUUUAUAACUUUGUUAUUUAAUUUUAUAAUACAUUAUGAUUUAGGAUUUAGUAGUAGACAAAUUAAAUGACCAUUUUAAGUUAAAUAAAUUAUUUUAUCAAUUGUAAUUUAGAUAAUAUUAUAAGAUAAAGUAUGUAAUAAAUUAUAAAUACAUUUUUUGUUUUUUAAUUAGUUAAAUAUUAUUUUUAAAUUAUUAAUUAAUUCCUUCUAUUUUUUAUCUUAUCUAUCGUUACAUAGAAACUAUCAAAAUAUUACAUUUUCUUGGUAUUGAGUUAGCUUAAUAAAAGUCUAAUCAUAAAUAUUCUAAGAAAUUAUACAAUGGAACCUCGCUAUCUUGAACUCCAGUAUCUCGAAGUUUCUGUAUGUUUGUAUGAAAUUUUUUUCAGUCCUGAUCAUUCAGUAUUGAAUAUGAUUCUCUAGUAACUUGAAGUUUCGAUUUGUCAAUUUUUUUUUGGUCCCUCUAGACUAUGAGAUACCAAGAUUCCACUGUAAUAGCUUUUAUUAUUAUUGUUAUAACGCUUAGUAUUUAAAAUUAUGGUCACUAGAUUCCAUAUCUAUAAGUUUAUAAUACCAGACAAAUUCACCAAUUAUAAUAGUGUUAUGAAAACAUGUAGAGUAGACAUGGUUUAAAAUUUAAAUAUAUUUUUUAUAUAUUUAGAAUAAAUGUGCUGGUAUUAAGAACAUUUGUUAAUUAUAAAUGUUCUUACAUUUUUUUUUUUCAAUAUCCAAAACAUCAAACCAUGUAGACAUAAUACAUGUGUGUUAUUUAUUUUAGGUACUAUUUAUCAAUUUUGUUUUUAUUUAUAUCAUUAAAAUUAGCUAUGAUUUGCCUUUAAAACAUAAUGAUAUUGUUUACUCAUAAAAAUAUGAUAUUAAUUUAUCCUUUUACAUAAUAUUUUUUACUAAUACAAAUGUAAAUUAUCAAUGGUUAAUACUAAAUAGUUCUUUUAGUUGUUUUUUAAUUUUUGUGUACUAAUAUACUUAAUAUUUUGGUGUGCACUAUUUAUAUGCUAUAUUUAGGAAGUUAACUUAUAUUAAAUUAAAAUGUUAGUUAAUGAAACAUUAAUAUAAAUUGUGUUGUAUGUUCAAUUUUUUGUUGAUUAUUUUUAAUUUAUUUAUCAGUGAGAUCAUUUUCCCUAUUAUUUAAAUAUUAUAAUUAUUUGUGUAGUGUAUAUCCAUAGACAAUAAAUAACUUAAUAUCUGUAUUGUAUAAACUGAUGCAAUAAGAUAAUAUUGUUUGAUCAGCAUUAAAAUUUGAAUUACAUGCAAAAUAAAUUAAUGCCUUAAUUUGUUGAGUUUGUACUAUAAAUAUUUCAAACUUUUAUCAGGAUUUACCCAAAAACAGAUAAAAAUAUUUGCUUACUUCAUCCUAUUCUGUAUACUACUUGUUUAAUAUCUUGUACCUAUUAAAAUUAAAAAUAUAGUUGUAUAGGAAUAAAUAUUAAUUAUAUUUUAAAUGGAAAUUUGUAUAGGAUUGAUAUUAUAAUUUUAAUUAUAAAGAAGAUAUUAUUCUUAUAGUAUGAUUACAUUAUAAUUAUGAAUUGUGCAAUUAGAAUUUAAUGUAAUAUUGUUUUAGAUGACUAAGAGAUAGUUUUAAAAUGAUGUAAACAGAAUGGGUAUUUUAUGAUCCAAAAGUAUUUCUUUUUUUUAUUUUCCAUGAUAAAUUUUUACAUUAAUCCUACAUCAAUACUUUAAUAUAAAAUAUCAACUCUGAAUAAAUACUUUGUUUUUAGUAUAGGCAGUGAUGUAAAUUGGCCAAUUUAAUUGUAGCAGAUUAAAAUUUUCAGAAAAAGAUUGAAAACCUAUUUACUAUCUAUCUAUACUAUAUUUACCUAUCUAUUGUACCUACCUACUUCCUUAUAAUUUUUAUUUUCAAAAGUAAAGAUUUGUUUAGUAGGUACAAAAUUUUAAUUUUCGUUAUUAUUAUUAUUAUUGUUAUUUUAUUAGCUUCUAGUCUUAUCGCUAUUUUAUAAUUUUAUGAUUAGACAUCUAUCAUGUGACAGUGUGGUAUAUUCUUAGGAGUAGGUAUGUGAAUCUAAAUUACAUGAAUUAGAUCCACUGGCAUUCUUUGUCCACUGUUAUGCUUACAUAUUAAGUAUAACCAUUGAUUAUAAAUACUAUUAUUUAUAAUCAAUGGUACAACAUAUAAUAAUUAAUAAAGUUUUUAUCUUCAAAUAAUUUAAUACUAAUUUUUGAUUUUGUGAAAAAUAAAAAUUGUUUAGGUAGAAAUUAAUUGUUUAUUAGAUAGGGAAUUAUUAAGAGAGUUGCAGUAUUGGUGGGUUGGGAAAUUAAAUAUUUUAUUACACCACUAGAAAUUGAGACCAAUUUAUACCAUCAUAGGAAGGUAUUCUGAUUGUAACUUUAAUAAUAUUAGUAAUGUUAGAAAUAGUUAAAAUUAAUUAUUUCCUUAAAUCAACUGGUAUAAUGUAAACAAAAUAAAAUAAUAGUUAUUUUCUGGUAUACUAAUGACAUCUACUAUUUUAAUAAAUUAAUGGAUACUCAUAGUCUUUAUAUGUCUAUAAUAUUAUAGUAUAUAUUAUAAUCAAAUGUUAAAAUAAAUUACAUUCUAAAAAAAUAAAAUUUAAAUUAUUACUUGAAUUAAUUUAUAUUAAUGUUGCAUGCAAUUUUAAUUUUUAGUGUAUCUAAUGCGAUAGUAAAUCAAUUACUUUUGGAUAUUGAUCAUGUAUGUUCUGUAUCGGGUGAAGAAGAUUUCACUACAUUGAAAAAAUAUAUUUUAAAUGAAAGAGGUUGGAGAUGUCUAACUGUUUUACAUUUACUCGGCACUCAAGUAGAGUUUUGAAAUUAUUUAUUAAAAAUUAUUCUUUUAUUAUAAUUUGAUUAUUUUUGGGCAUUUUUCAGGAAGUUCAACGACUAAAGGAAAUGGCUAAUGUUCUAGUGUCCAUUUUUUCAAUAUUUAAUGAUGAUGCUGAUAAUAAAUUAAGUAAUAAUACCAAAAUUAUUAAUCCAUAUAUUUUUCCAGCAGACGAAACUAAUUUGAAACUAGAUGACUUAAUAAAGUUAACAAAAUUCGAAGGGAUGACAUCAAAAUCAAAACAUCAACUCAAUUCAAUUUAUGACAGAUCAAGUCCAAGUAUACCUAGAUCUCGUCGAAUAAGUUCUGUAUCAGCAAAUAGGUAUGUUAUUCAAUAUUUAUAUUAUUUCAAUAUUUGAAAAAAAAAAAACCAAAAUAUAUCAAUUUUUAUUUUUAAUAUAUUCAAUUUGACUUAAAAAAUUGUUCUUUUCAUAGGGUUAAAACUCAUUCUUUUGAAAGUGAUAAACAAAAAAUGGCGGAGGAAUCUAGUGAAUCUGAGUCUCAACCUGUAAUCGAUUUGCUUAAGGCAUCUACUACAUUACGUGUUCGAUUUAACCCAAUGGACUUUGAUUAUUUUACUAAUAUUGUGCGUAGUGAAGAUGAACAAAAUGAGUCUGAUGAUGAAGAAAUACAUUUGACGAAAAAAAAAAAUGUGUAUCCUGGGUACUUUUAUGAUGAACAUAUUAAGUCUAUUACCAGCCACACAGCAUUUCCAAAUCAAAUUAAAUUAUUAGUAUUAGAUUUAUUAACACAAAUUUUAUCAUUUAGUACUCAGAAUUCUUUAAAAUAUAAUUUGAAGAGCAGUAAUCAAUUUGUACCGUGUAUAGUUAUGAAAUUUUCAUUAGAUUAUAUUUGUCUAUCGCAGUUUAACAUCAGUAAUAUUGAUAAUGAUAUUAUACAAUCAAAAAUGUUAUAUAACAUGGUAUUGGCUGUAAAACAAUUAUAUCAAUAUCCAAAUAUUAGUGAAACAAUUACUCAAGAAGGUAUUGUACCAUUAUUGUUACAAAUAUUGGAAAGCCUUGUGAACAAAUCAAGAAUAAAUGAAAUCAAAGAAUACCCCUGUCGCCAAAAAAUCCUUUUUGGUAUUGUUUGUGCACUCUUAAUGUUGUUUUCACUGAUGUUAUUUGAAUGUCAUUCAUAUAAUAACCAUUUCCAUUUUUUAAAACAAGUUCGACUAAUGCUUGACUGUCAACGUGGCAAGCUUAUAGAAAAAUGCAUUUCGGUAAUUCUUAGUAUACGGGAUCAAGAUGCAGAACUUUCCACUUUCCACGUAAAAAUAGUUAUAAAUCUACUUGGAUUAUUAUUAUUAAAUAUGAAGAAAAUUAGACAACGCAUUGUACAUUUACAGCAUUGUAAUAAAAUCAGACAUCGUCAUUGUACUAAACCUCUGUUACACCAUCAUGACAAUCUCUUCGGGGAAGUGUAUGUAAGUAGUAUAGUUUCAUCUCAAGACACUAGUCAAAAUUGUUGUGUUACUUCAUUGUCAAUGAUUCUUAUUCGUCUUAUGAUUAACUUGGACAGUCAAGAUAAAGAACUAUGGUUUUAUUUAGUAAAGACAAUCGGUGUAACAGGAACAUGUUGUUGUGUGCCACUUGCUUUAAUUAUACCAAAACUAUUGAAAAUGGUUGGUGACCAUGAUUAUAGAAAAAGUUAUAUGAUAUUACAACUGAUGGAAAAAACAUUAUAUCGGGAUAUUGGUGUUGCAUACAGAGAUAGUUCUUGUAAGGUUUGUUGUGACGAUGAUAGCACUUCACAAUUAUAUUCAUAUGAAAAAAAUAAAAAAAGGAAAGAACAAAAAUGGAUUACUUUUGAGUUAUUUAGGAAACUUUUGACUGGUUCUAGUCCUAAAUUGUCAUAUGCAAUUGGAUUGCAUUUGUCAAAGAACGCCUCGGUCUUUAUAAAAGAUAUUCAGCAUGUAUUAUUAUUUCGAAUAUUUUAUCCCGUAUUUAAAUCCAGUGAAAAAUCAUAUAGAGAAAAUAAAAAUGAUUCUGAUCGUUUUUUAGUCAAUGUUUCACUAAACAUAUUUAACAUAUUAUUAUCUUCUCUAGAUUUUACAUCAGAGUUUGAUUCAAUGAGUGGAGUUAAAUACUUAAAAGAUUUAAUAACUGAUCCUAUUUUUACUAAACUAUCAUGCAAUGUUUUGGAAACAAAAAUAAUUUCAAAAAUGUGGACUUUGAAUCAAAUUAAAUCAACUCCAAUUUUAAUCACUGAUAGUCAAGCCGAAGAUUUGAAUAUUAUUGUGACUGCAGUAUUUAAUUUGGUUGAAUUAUUUUGUGGCUAUGUAAUGAAACCACAGUCAAUGAAUAUUAAUCUAAAAUUAAAAUACCGUUUAUCAGAGUUAUCAGAUUUUUUAAGAGAAGAAAUGACAUUUGAAUCUAUAAAUAAGUAUCAUGACUACAACAGCAUCAUAACUAGAUUAGGUGAUUUAUUUCAAUGUUUAGCUAGGCUUUCAUUGACGUGCCCUAGAAUUAGAAGUUAUUUACAAGUUUCAUCUGUUGUUUUCCAAUAUGAUACUCUUUUGUCUAUUGUCUCAUUACUAUUAACAAGGCCAAUUAGUGUAAAAGGUCAGUUUAUUUUUUUGAUUCUGUCAUUAUUAAAAUAUCGCUUGAACAUUUGUUAUUUUUAAUUAAUUAUUUAUUAUUAUUUUUAGGUAUAAAUAAAGUAACACUUGAAGACAAAAAUGUUGUAAACCUAAAACUCAUAGAGUGUUUACUUGUUUUGAAUCUAUCAAUUUUUGAAAAUAAAAGUAAAUAAAAAGGAUAAAUAUUUUGAUAAAAAUAUUAUUUUUUUAAUUUUUGCAAUUAUUAUUUAAAUUUCUAGUUACAUUGGAUACUCAUGUAAAAGAUUUGUUAAUUGAGGCUCUGUGUAAAGGGCAUAUAGGGAUAAAGCAAGUUUGUAGUUCUUUAAUAAAGUGUGCCACAGUAUCAUUAAAUAGACAAAAUGUAAAUUAUAUUGCAACAACUCAGUCAUUAACUAAGGUAUAUAUUCAUUUUUAAAUUGUAAUUACUUAUUUAAAAGAAUUUAAUUUAUUUGUUGUAUUCAUUAUAUUUAGUUAUUGGAGAUAGAAACGCCUGGCAAAACUGAAUGGUUACCAUUUGAUGAUGAUGAUGAUUUUAUCUCAGGGGAUGAAGGUUAUGAAGCAGAUAUUGAGUUUCAGAGUUGGAUAAAUCUUGAUUCGUCUGACAGGUAUGAAUUGUAAAAACAUUUUAUUGUUUUAUUAAGCAAUAGAUUUUUUGUUAAAUAGACAAAAUAUAUACUUAAAUCAUCAUCAUGUAGACUUUACAACUCUACGUGUUUUGACUGCCACUGUCACCGACCUCCAGUAAUCGCAAUCCUGGAUCCUCUUCCUCCAACCCAAUCUCUCCAGAUCUUGAUACAUUCCACCCAUCGAUACUUUCUUUGGUUUACUUCUGGGUCUUCUUUAUAUUGGUUAAUUAUCGAUUGAGAUCCUAGUUUCAUUUGGUUCUUCUCUUCUCAUUGUGUAUCCAAAUUACUAAACUGUCUGACUUCAUGUAGCUUGUUUUAUAAGGUACUUUGAUAAUUUCUCUUAUUUCUGCUGUUUUUCUUUUACGUCAUUUACUGCAUUUAUUUACAUCCAUAAGUUGGUCUUAUAAUAGUCAUUUAUUAUACGUGUAUCAUACUUUUAUUUUUCUAGAGAAUAAUUUUGAUUUCAAGUAUUUAAUUAGUGUAAAAUACUUAAACACUACUAAUAAAUAUAUUAUUAUAGUUCAUAAAUGUAUUAUUUUUAGAACUGCCGAUGAGAGCAUUACUCAUAAAAAUAUUUACAAUGAUACAAAAAAAUUGAAUAUCAUGCAUCCAGCAUUGUGCACUUUAGCUGUAGACUUAAUGACAUUUGCGAGGUAUUUUAUAAUUUUAAUUUUAAUUAUUUUAUAUUUUAGUAAUUAAAUAUGUAUAACCUAUUAAUAUUUCUUUUUUACACAAAAAUGUAGAAACAUAAAUAACUUGGAUGGAAUAAUUUAUUGUUUACAAAGACUUAUUGUUAUUUGCAAAGACAACGAUGACAGUUGUAUAAAGCUUGCUAAAGAAGGACUGAUAUCUAAAUUAUUAAAUUGUAUUAAAGAACACAUAGAUAAUAUAGAAAGAACUGAAUUAUGUGAGUAUAUUCGUUAUUAAUAUUUAGAUUCUAAUUGCAUAAUCAACAUUUAUUAUUCUAAUACAGAUGACACAAUUUAUAUUUAUAUGAUGGAACUUAUUGCUUUGAUGGCUUGUCAUUAUAUAGAAACAUAUGAAUUUGAAAUUUAUUUGAAUUUAUUUAAAACAAAAAACCCACCUCUUGUAAGAAACUAUUUAAUAAUAUGCAAUAUUAAUUUUUAUGGCUUUCAAAUUUUUAUUUUUGUUUUUAGAAUUUAUUACUUCUACCAUUAAUAUACUUGACUGAUCAUAUACCCAUUGUAUGGCGAUCAAAUUACAGUAUCCAAUUUCCUGCAAAAGUAAUGCCAGAUUUACCAAUUAGUGAUAGACCUGCCGAAGCAUUGGCAAUUUUAACCAGAGAAAACCAUAAAGAAAUGAGUAUGAAAAAUAAAUAUAAUCAUUUUAAUUUUAAUAGUGAUAAUUAUAAAUUGUUUUAAUUAAUUUUUUAGGACUAUUAACACCAUGGUCUAUAUUUGCGCUAAGUUUACCUAUAAAUACAGAUCUUGGAUGGUCCAUAUUGUCAACAGGCUUUUCAAUAUCAAUGUGGUUACGCCUGGACCAUGUACAUAAAUAUUCAUACAUGAAGAGAAACAGUUCUACAGAAUCUAUAGGAAAAAGUAAAGCAUAAUUUUAUAUUUAUUGUAAAAAACAAUAAUAAACAAAAUAUUUCUAUUCUUUCUAGGUCAGAGUUUGCAUAAAGAAACCCAUAGUUUAGAUGAUUUAACUCAUAUAUUUUCUGUUGGAUAUGAUGCAAUGCUUAUUGAAUUUUGGCUAGAUCCUUUUAGUGAUGGGUUUAUUAUUAGACUUACAAGACCAAAUGAAAAUAAAUUUGACUUACUUUCUGAAGUCAUUUUUAAUAACUGUUUAAGUUCAAUUGCCUGGCAUCAUGUUGCCAUUAAUGUGAAUGGUAUUCAAAAACGAGAAAAAUUUAUUGAAGUAAAUUAUUCUUAAUUAAAUAUUAAAAUUACAUCAUUUUAAAAUUAUUUUAUUUUAUUUAGAUAACUUUAAUAAUAGAUGGACUAUGUGAAAGUAAAGCCAAUCUUUUAUUUGAUGGAUUUCUUAUUAAAAAACCUCGACCAUCCAAUGUUCUCUUAGGUGAUACUAGAGAUAAUACUUCACCGAUUUCUAUUGGAAACAUUUUAAUGUUCAGAUUACCAGUUCUGACAAAAGAGUGUGCCAGUACUCUUGCAGCAUUUGGACCUGAUUUAGAAAAUUUAGCAGAUUGUUCUAAUAAUCCUUUAAAACCAAAUUUUAGCAUGUUGUUUAAUGAUUUAGUGUUUAAUUUGAAUACAUCAUUGAAUUGUAAUUUAGAUUGGAAUCAAUUAUUAAAUCAAUGUUUUGAAACUAUUAAACCUCUACAAGUAAUUAAGAAAAAAUCAUUUAUUCUAAGCAAGUUUAUUAAAUAAUAUUGAUUUUGUGUUUAGGAUGUCAUAUUGUUAAGUUUCACUCCAAGACAACCAGGAACUAUUUGUUUAUAUUCUUUGACUUUACCAAAUCCUACAAGUAAUGAAUAUAUUUUUUAUUUCAAAUUAAAAUUUCACAAUAAGCAAUUGAUGAAGUUAACUGUUUAUAGUAUUUAAUUUUACUAGUGGCGUAAUUGGGGUUUGGUCUUGAAAAAGGAUUAAAAAAUAAAAUUUAAAUAUUUAUGUUUUAAGGUACCAGGUACAAACAAACUAUGAUUUAACCUUAUUAUUUAAAAUUAUUUUUUGUAUAAUUGUUAUUGUUAAAAAAAAAUGUUUUCGUAUUUUACUUUUACAGUUUAUUUCAGAUUUAAACUGAUGAAAAUAUAUCAAAUUAGUCAACUAAGUAGGUAAUUAUGUUCUACUUAAAAUAAUUGUUACCAUCUACUAUGAGAAGAAAAAAAUACUAAUAUUGAGAGAAUACAACACCCACCCCCCUAUUAAUUACGCCACAGGACUGAACAACAUAUUAUUUAUUAUUUAGUAUUACUAUUAAGUAAAUAUAUAUUAUUGAUGUAAAAUCAAUGAUUUUUCCACCUUUACAAAUAUAAUAAAAAGAUGUGCCCACGAAAAAGAAAAUAUGGUUUUGGUCCACUGUACAUGUUUAUGUGACAAAAAUCAACCUUUUAAAUGUCUAUACUUAAUUAACCCCAUACUAUAUUUAAUAAUUUUUCACAUAUUCUGGAAAUUUUUUUAAAAAAAAAAAUUUUAUUUAUUAUAGAUUAGUUAUUUUACUUUUGGAAUAAUUUUCUUAAAACUAUUUUUUUAUUGAAUAUUUACAAUCUAUAUAUAAUUUAGCACAAUAAGUAAAUGAGAUGAACAAUUUUUGUUUUUUUUUUUUUCAUUUGAGUGACAUGGAUUUUUUCUUAAAACCAAAUUUUUUUAAUGACUAACAGUCAAUAAAUAAUGAAUCAUUUUAUUAAUACAUAGUAAUAUUUGUACAUAAUAUUAACAUAAUUUUAUUUAUUUUUUAGAUUCUUUAUUUCCUCCAACUCAACCAUUAAUGUUCAAAAUGUCUACAUAUGAUUUACGUGCUUGCCAAAGCCCACCUCAGGUGAUACCUACAGUUAUUGUUAGUCAUAUUAAAGUUACUGAACCUCUAGGAUUGUUGACUGUAAUCAAUAAAAUGGGUGGUUUGCCAUUAAUAUUAUUUUUAUUUGCAAGGGUAAUUAAAUAAAUAAACUUUACAUAGUUCUUUAAAAAUAAAUAAAUUUACCAUAAUGUACUGUGUAAUGUGAACAGGUUAUUGAGUUUAAUUCAUCUCCUAAUGAUCAAGUAAAAGCAUUAAAAAUUCUAUUGCAUUUUGUACAAUCAGAUUCUAAACUGUAUUCAGAAUUUAUUACACUUGAUGGUUAUAAACUCAUAACUAAAGCUUUGACUUCUUCACAAAUUCAACCCAAUUGUUCAGUGUUAGUGGUUAGUAGAUUUAUAUCUAUAUUAAAUACUAAAUCAUUUUUAUUUGUUUGUUAUUUAUUUUAUUUUUUUAUGUAAAGGUCCUUUUGGAAGCAGGUUGUAAUAAAAAAGGAGCCUUAAUUUAUGAUAAUGAAGAAUGGACUGUUAAUAUGUUCUAUGAUGGAGUUCUAUUAAAUACAAGUUUUAUUAAAGAAGUAAUUUUGCCCUGUUGGAAAAUAUGGACUGCUAAAAAUCAACAAAUUAUACAAUUUUUUUUUAAAUUUUGCAAACAUCUUUUGUCAUCAAAUCAUCCACACAGAUUAUUUAAUUUAAAGCAAAUUCAAUCAUCUGAAUUAUUAGAAUUAAUUUUGUUGCAAAUUAAGGUAAUUUUUAUUUAAAUUUUAAAGUAUUAUUAUUAAAUAUAUUUACUAAAACCAUAAUAUUUAUUUAUAUAUAAUAUAGUGUCAACUAUUAUUAGAAGAUUCAAAUGAAACUGCGUUAUUGGGUUGUGUACAAAAAGAUUUAGUGGAUUUUGUUCAAAGUAUUUUUGAUUUGCGGAUGAAUAAGAAUUAUAUUUCUUUGAUAUUAGACUUUUUAAUUGCUGUGCACCCGACAACAAAUCUAUAUUUGCCUCAUCUAAAAACCUCUGUGUAUUUUUUUUUAUCAUCCCAAUCAAGAAUUUAUGCUUCACCUGAUUUUAAAAUUAAUAUAUUAUCAGGUAUAUUUAAUUUAUUCUAUAAUGAUAUACAUUUAAAUUGUGUAUAAUUUAAAUAACUAAUAUGAUUUUUAUUAUUAUUAGAAUCCCAGAAAUCUGAUGAAAAUAUAAAUGUAAAUGAAUACUCAGAAACAGAUUUUUGUGGUCCUAUAGAUACUCAGCGAUUAAAUACAGAACUACUUAAACUCCAGGUAGACAAAUUUAAAAGUUUAUACAUUAAAGGGUCAGUGCAAUAACGAGAUAAACUCUAUUUUUCAUAACUUUUUAGGAGAUAAAAAAAAACCGUUUUAAAAAUAUUUUAUUUAUGAUAAAAUUAAUUUUAAAACCAAUUUAAAUACAUUAGACCAGGAUAAAAAUGAUUCUGUAGUAUUUGAUUUAAUUUUCAUAAUUACUUUGAGAUAAGAACUAAUAUUUAUCCUAAAUUGUAUGGAGUUAUCUGGUUUAUUGACCAGAAAUUUAUAUUCAUAAUUUUUUCAUCAAUUGUUUUAAUAUUAACAAAAUGGAAAAAAAAUACUAGGAAUUAAUAAAGAAUAAUAACACCAAAUUAUAUUCAUCAAGAGCAAGUGAAGCUACAUCAGAUAGCAGUGAACAUAUUAUUCCAGAAGAAACUGGUCAAGAUUCCGGUAUAGAUGGAAGUAUAAAAGAUGUUACAGUAGCCAUUAUCACAAACGACAGAAAAAUGUCUUGUGACUAUGGUGAUGCUUGUGAAGCCGAAGUAUAUUUCGGAGCUCAAGUAAUUCACUGAUAUAUUAAUAUUGUUAAGAAUUUUAACAUUAAAAUUAAAUAUAUUCAUUUAUUCUAGAUAAAUGGAAAUAAACAAUUUAAAUUAACUGAUUCUGACAGUAACAAUGAAAUUAUUGAAGGUUUAUUUUCUAUAUUAAGGAAUGUUUUAAUCAAUAUUUCAAACUGUGUACCUGGACAUGUUAUAGAUAAAAUGUUUGAAGCUGAAAAGCUAGUUGUUUUACUUAAUAAUCCCAGUUCUUCAAUAAGAAUCAUUAUCUUAAAAGUAAAAGUGAUAUUUGUUUGAAUUUGUUUCUUAUGUAUUUUAAAUAAAUUAUUUUGUUCCAGAUAAUAAGUGUGUUUUUGCAACGUUGUAGCCCAUCAUAUGCUAAAAAAUUUGUUCACAAAUUCAAAGGGUUUUAUCAAAUAGCCAAUGUAUUGUCAUUACAUCAAACUACUGUGAAUUUAGUAGAUACUUGUGCUUCAAUUUUCACUGGAAGUUAUUGGCUUCCUUUGGAUCAACAAUUGCAGUGGGACCAAUCUGUCGAAAUGAACUCAUUCAAUUUUUCAGCCCUUCCACUAUUACUUUCGAUCUUACCAAAAUCUACAUUUAAUUUAACUUUGAGUAUGAAUAUAAUUAACUUCUUCCUCAAACUCAUAACCAAAGUAAGUAUACAUAAGUAACAUUAGAUAUUUAACAUUUAAAGUAAUGGCACCAUUAAUAUUUCAGGUUCCACAAUGCUUGAAUAAUAUUUUAGAGUUUGGUUUGAUAGAAUGUUUAUUAAAAACAUUAUCAAUAAUAGCAAGUAUUUAUCCAAGUUCCUCAACAAAUACGGAUUUAAAUAAGCAAGAUAUACUCAUUGAUGAUAUAAAUUCAUUAAUUAUAACGUUGGUUUCUCAAGCUAUACACACGCCUGGUGUUCAAAAUAUUCAAGUUUGUUUUUAAAUUUAGUUUUAUUAUCAUAUACAAUACAAAUUUUUUUUUUUUUUUUUAGAUUUUAAAUGAUUUUGUUUAUCAAUGUCGUUUUUUACAAAAAGCAGAAAAUGAAAUAAAAGAAGGCUAUAGGUCUAACUUAACUAUAAGAGAAACACAGCGUUUAAUUUUGGAAUCUGGAAUGGAUACUAUACAAGAUCUUAUACAGACUCAUCCACCUUUGGUUCCAGCUUUAUCACGAUUAAAAAAUAACUUGAGUUCUGGUAUUAAAUAAAAUUAUUAUAAUAAUAAUAAUAACAACUAAAACUUGAUUUUUUACACAUUUUGUUUUGUUUUAGUCUUAUCAUUAAACCACAUAAAAGACACAAAUAAUGAAACUUACAUGUCAAAUAGUGAAUCAAGCAUAUUCAGUGUUGUAUCCGGUUUUAACCGUCAAAAACCUUUAUCUAAAACUGAAUUAAUUGAAAGAUAUAAGCAUAUAAUCAUAAGAUCUGUGGAAUUUAUUUUUGCAUUAGGUAAGUAUGUUUUUCAAUUAUUUACAGUAUGUUUAAAUUUUUUCUGGGAGGAAAAAUACUUGACAAAAUUUCCUGAUACAUAAAAAGAAAUUAAAUGUUAUGUCAAUACUGUAAAAAAAGAACUUUACUUAAAUGUGUUGUUAGUGAUUGUUAGGAAAAUUGGUGACUAGAGUUAACAAAUUUUAUUUACACCGUAAAUACUAAUAGUUUUUUUUUUUAAUUUUUAUUUAAAAUUAAUAUUUUAUAGAUGAAGAAAUUAUUGAUGAAGUUACUCCAGAAGUUGCUUUUGCAUGCCAUUUGUUUACAAUUCUUUUGUAUAAUCUUACUAGUAUUAUUCAAAACACCACAAGAGAACAGAGAAGACAUCCUUGGGUAUCUAUUUAUGGAGCUGCUCGUGAUAUUAUAAGGUAAAUUACAAUAAUUAUUAUAAUAUCAUUUUAAACCAAGCGUUUCUUAACUAGGUUAUGAGGUUAAAUUUAAAUUAUGAGGAAAAUAGGAAAAUUUUCUAAAAUUCAAUUUAGAGCUAUCGAAAGAUUUCCGAGUUGUCUAUAGUGGUCUAAAAACAUUUUUUUUUUAAGGUUUUUAAAUAUGUUUAUAGAUUAUUCAUUUAACUGUUGAAAUGAAAAUUAAAUUUCCAAUAUAUAAUUAAGAAAAGAAAAUAACAAUUUUUUUUCUUUAUGUAGGAUACAAGGGGCUAAUUUGUUAGUAUGGCUUUUGAGUCCACGUCAAACUACUAGAAUACGUAUGUUUGCAGUAAAAUCAUUAUUAAAUGAACCAAGAUCAAAAGAACUAUUUAAAAACUUAAUUUACAUCAAUCCACAGGUAUGUCUACAUGUGUUCUGAAAUUAAUAUUUAUUUAUUACAGUACUAAGAAAUAAAUUAAAUUUGUCAAUAUUUGUAAUGUUUAAUAUACUUAUUUGUCAGUAUUAAUUAUUACAUUGGUGUUUCUUUGUUUCGUGAGUUUUUGUUUAAUACUAAAAUGUUAUUUUAUUUGAUUAUUUUAGAUUGAACAAAGGUUUUAUAUUUAUUUAUAUUCAUUGAUGAAUGAUAAAUUAAUAAUACCACUUACUGAAGAAGAAAUGUACACAUGUGAAGCAUUGAGAGAACACUUAAUUGAAUUAGAGUUAUUAACUCCUGAGAGUAAUGGAUUUUUUUUUGAGAAUGAAUGGAAUACUCAAAUAUUCCAUGUUUUAGAACAAAUGAAUAUUGAAUUAAAUGGAAUUGUUAUGAGUCAAAAUGAUAAUAUUAUAAAGUAUGUUUAUAUUUCAUUUUUAAACACCUUUACUACAUUUUUACUCAUAUCUCUUACUUUCAUUAAAAAACAAUAAGUAUUCCUGCUUUAUACUUAUAUAAUUAACAUUUAGUAACUUUAAAAUUGAUUAUUUAAUAUAAAAAAAAAUUAUUAUCAACAUAUAAAUGUUCAAUGUAUUAAUUAUUUGCUGCUCUCUAAUAAUUUUAUUGGUCACUACAAUAUUCCAUUAUUUUCCUUUGUCUUGCAUAAUUUCAUGGCAAUCUACACUUAUUUAAUGCGUUUAAACUGUCUAUUACACCAAAAAACCACUUCUUUCUUGGGUGUUUCUGUGGUCAUUUUACUUGAGGUUUCCAUUCGAAAGCAUUUCUUCACUUCUUUGGAUAUGGUCUAGCCAUUGGAUUCUUUGACCUUUAAUGAAGUUAGUUACUGGAACCAAGGCCAUUAAUUCCUGCAAUACCCUAUUGUAUUUUCUUCACAAAAUUUCUAUAUUCCUGAUAAACAUAGGACCGCAGAUUUUCAUUUUACCUUUUUUUCAAAUGUUCUUAUCCUUCUCUCUGAGGCUGUCGUUACCAUCCAGACUUCACAUCCUCAUACCAACGUUGGUAUUUUAAUUGAUACAUAUAAACUUGUUUUGGAUUUUCUCUAUAGCAUUUUAUUUUGUAGUUAAGAAACAUUAGUGUAUAAAAGGUUUUCCCAGAGAUCAGUAAUUAAACGAUAGUUUGUUAAAUUAUCAAAAUGAUCAAUAAUUUUGAUAAUUAUUGAUAUCUGUUAAUUAAUUUAAAGCAAAAAAGAAAAUUUAUAAGGUGUUCAAGUAUUUAUAAUAGGUAAUACUAUGUAUAGAAUUAAAAAGCUGUGUUUAUUGUUAGAAAAAAUUAACACUAAUACAAAUUAAUAACAAUAUAGUUUUAAUUGAAUUUUUCAAAACAAUUUAAAAUUUUUGUUAUAAAUUAAUAAUUUUGUCUAUUUUUAUAAAUAAUGUUAUCAAGUUUAUUUUUAGCAAACCUUGUUUUUUCCGCUUUAUUUUUGCAAAUAUUUAUUUCUUUAGACCAAUCAUAUUUGAUGCUCAAUGUUGCUCCUGGGUAUUUAAAUUCCUUCACUUUUUCUAAAGUUAGCCCUUCUAUUUGCUGUGGGUCUACAUCACUAUCUAUUAGCUUCAUUAAUUCUAUCUUGCUUAGGUUAGGUUUAUUGUUAAGGUGACUUUUUCGGCCGUCUUUUCUAAAGCUUUUGACGCGUUUGCUAUAUCUAAUAAUGUCUAAAACCUUAUGAUAUUCAGGCUGUCUGUGAAUCCAAGUAAUCGUAGGCUAUUGUCGUUAUUUGCUAUUUGACUGCUUUUUACCCACUGCAUCUCUCUCACAAUUUUUUCUAGCGCUAGUUUAAAUAGGAUUAGGGACAUUGCAUCUCCUUGCUUCAAUCCUGUGUCCUCUUUUAAGAUGGUAGACUAAGAUUCACUAUCACUUUGUAGUGUGUGUUCUCUAUACAAAGUUUGGUUAGUCUUAUUAAUUUUUUGGGAAACUACUUAUAAUUGUUUUUUUUAAAUUUGAUUGUGAUAUUGGAAUUAUUAAAUUUAUCUAAUGUAUUAAAAUUUUUUUAGAAGUUCUUGUAAGUUGGACAGCACUAUAAAGUUGAUUUGUAACUCAGCUAUGACAAUUACAGCAACUCUGUCGGAAGAACAAAAUUCACAACGAAAACAAGUACUAGAAACAACUAAAGAAAAUUUUAGAAAUAUCAUUCAAGCUACAAUACGAUGGAAAUCUAUUAUUAACCAAAUGUCUCAUGAAAUGGCCCCAUGGUACUUUCCAGAGUCAUAUCCAACGUAAACAGUAUAUCUCGUAAACAAUAACAAUGAUAUAAUUUUUCUAAAGUUUAUGUUCAUUACAUCAUAUUUUUAGAUCAUGGGAAUUGAAUCCAACAGAAGGACCUAAUAGAGUUCGAAUUCGUCUACAAAGGUGCCACCUAAAUAUGUCAAAACGGUUCUUUAAACCAGAACACACGCUAUGCACUGGUAGAGUUGUAUUUAUAUUUGUUAUUCAAUUUUAAUUAGUUUCAUAUUUUUUUGUUUAUAGAAAGGAACAAAAUUAUGGGACCUUUAGAAUACUUAAUAUCUAAUGAUUUGGAAGUUCCUGUUUCCUCUGCUGUUGUUGAAUGCUUACUAUCACAAGAAAAAAUAUCAUAUAUGUGUACUGCAAAAUUAGUGCAUCCAUGGCAUAAAAUCAAAUGUGAAGUUUUAAUUAGUGAAAAUGCCAUUUUCAUUGUUCCAACUGAUAAUGUACAAAAUGUAAAAUAUGUUUAAAUUAAAAUCUGUAAAUAUUUUAUUUUUAUUUGUAUGUAUAGGCUUUACAAAAUGAUUAUUCACAUGUCCUUAAAUUUGAAGAAAUUCAAGAAAUACAUAAUCGUAGAUAUUCACUGAAGGAAAAGGCUGUAGAAAUAUUUCUUACUAAUGGAAAAACAUUUUUAAUUGCUUUUCAUUCCCAGAAGGUAAAUUUCGUAAUUGUUUUUUUAAUAAUAUUUUUCUCAUUAUUAAAUUGAAAAUCUUGAUCAGGAAAGAGAUGAUUUUGGAAGCUAUAUACUAAAUUUUCCAUUACCAAAUCGUGUUACUAAUGAGAUACUAAGUGAAACUGUUGAUUUAUGGAGAACACGCCAAAUCACUAACAUGGAAUAUUUAUCGAUUCUGAAUAAAAUGGCUGCACGUUCAUAUAACGAUUUAAUGCAAUAUCCUGUUAUGCCAUUUGUAUUAGCCAGCUAUAAUACUGCUGAAUUAGAUUUGAAUCAAAUUUCUAACUACAGGUGAUUUAAAAUAUGUGUUUAGGGUGUUGUUAACAUUAAAAAUGAAUAAUAACAUUUAACAAAAAGCUAUUUAACCGUUUUUAACUAGGAAUUUGAGACGACCUAUGGCAAUCCAAAAUAAAAAGAAAGAAGCUCAUUAUAUUCAACAUUAUAAUGUAAUUAAUAAUUACACUAAUUAUAUUUUUGAAUUCAUCUUGUAAUGUUAAAUUAAAUUAAAUUAAUUAUUUUAGUAUUUGAAAGAAGAAGUCCAGCGUCUUGGAACUGACCCACAUCAUUACAGUUCUCAUUAUAGUAAUUCUGGUACAAUUUUGCAUUUCUUGAUCAGAGUUCCACCAUACACCCAAAUGUUUAUCAAAUAUCAAGUAAUACAUUGUUAUUAUGAACUUGGCUUAUUUUAAUUUAUUAUAGAAAUGUAUUGAUAUUUAAAUCUAUUUCAUUACAGGAUAACAAUUUUGAUGUACCAGAUCGAUCAUUUCAUUCAAUGGAAAUUACUUGGCGUCUAUCAUCUGAUGAGUCAACUACUGAUUUAAAAGAACUCAUACCAGAGUUUUACUAUUUACCUGAAAUGUUUAUAAACUUUGAACAAUUUAAUUUUGGAAUUAAACAAUCUGGAGAAGUGGUUGAUGACGUUAAGUUACCUCCUUGGGCACAAAACAAUCCAAGAUUGUUUGUACUUAUACUACGGUAAUUUAAAAUGCAUACUUAUAUAAUAAACUAAAAAACAUGUUUAUUUUAUUGUAUUAUUUUAAUUUCAAGGCAAAUUCUAGAAUCUGAAAUAGUUAGUGAAAACUUACCACAUUGGAUAGAUUUAAUAUUUGGUUACAAACAAACUGGUAAAGCAGCAGUUGAUGCAAUUAAUGUGUUUCAUCCAGCUACUUACUAUGGAUCACAUAUAGAAAAGACUGAAGACCCAGUGGCAAGGUCUGCGUUCAAAACUAUGGUCAACACAUAUGGACAAACUCCACGGCAACUAUUUCGUUUUCCACACCCAAUGACUGUUGAUGAUUAUUCUCCAAAAAAUGGGAUAAAUAAUACAAAUUGUCGAAAUGUUAUAACAGGUAUGUAUUUUUUUAUUCAUUUUUGACUUAAUAAUAUUGUAAUUUAUAAUGUAUGAAUGUAAACAGGUUUAAAAAAUUUGAAGUGGGGAAGUUAUGUUGGAUCGCCCGAAGAAAAUGUACCUAUGUAUAUUUGGCAAAGAAAACACAAGACUUUGGUAUCAAACUUUGUACCAUUACUUACCAAUGAUGUGUUUGGUAUAUCAAAAAAUUCUGCUCUGCUCUUAACAUAUUCAAAAGUAAUAUAUUACAUUACAUAGACAUUUACACAAAUUAAUGAACUGUUCAAAAAAAUCUUAUUUAUUAAACUAGAUUCCUUACAGUUUUUUUUAAUUUUAAUAUCUUAGGAAAAGUGUUUAACGUUAUUGAAUGAAGGUGUUACUGUUAUGGCAGCAGCAAUACUUUCUUGGAGUGAAUAUGACAGCGUAGUUCGAAUUAAACAGCGCAAAGAAGCCCCUUCAAAACCAGCAUUCAAAUUUUUUCCAACUGAAAAUGUCUGCAUUAUAGCUACUGCGCCACAUUGUCCAUAUAUUUGGAUUGGUUUUGAAUCUGGAAUUAUACACGUGUACAAGUAAUUAAAUAUUUGAGUUAAUUCAUUAUUAUAUAAAUUGUAAAAGUGUAUCUAUUCAAAUACUAUCAUCAGGAACCUCUCCGGUUGGAGUGAAUUCCAAACAAAUGUCUCUUCAUUGACAAAAGUGAUAAUUGGCCAGGUGUCAUUCUACACUAUAAAAAAGUACCAUCAGAUAUUAUUUUACUAACAUUUUGAAUAAUAUCAGUAAUAACAGCUUUACCUGUUAUAAGUGUGACUGUUGGGUUAUAACAUAUUAUUUUUCUAAGAGGUUCUACAAAUAUUCUUUUUUCAUAUGUAAACUUUAACUUCUAUAUUAUUUGUAGUACAAUAAAUCUUACAAAAAAUGUAGUAAAAAAAAAAAAUGUGCACUUAAUUCAUAAUUAAAUAAUAAAACCAAUAAAUAAAAUGAAUCAAGUUAUCAAGUACCAAUGUUUUAAAAUUAUAUCUAAUCAUAUAUUAUGAGCAUAAAUUUAUUAUUUUUUUAUUGUUAUUUAAAAAUUGUAAUUAUAUAAAUCAUCAAAAAACUGUUGAAUUAACUUGAUUAAACAAUUGUCAAUCAACUAAUUAAAUAUAUAUAAUUGUUUUUUUUUCAGAUUUUAUUUUGAUGUCAUAGUUGGUACUGUAGAGAUAUUCCAAGAACCAACCGUUCUUGUUGGUCAUCGAGCUAAAAUAUCUAGCAUAGCAUUAAGUUCAGCAUUCCAUAUUGCUGUCAGUUGUGAUGACCAAGGAUUCUCAAUUAUUUGGGAUUUAAAUGAUACUACAUAUGUGAGAUCAUUAAAGUCUAUGUCAUUGCCGGUAAUUGCUAAAUGAAAUUUAACUGUAUUCAAUAUUUUUAGUUAAUACUACUUUUUAUUGUUUCUAAUAUAGAUAAAUUUAGUGUCAAUCAAUGAAACUCUUGGUGAUAUUGUGACAAUUGCGUAUAAUAGUGACAAUGGUAAAUCAAUCAUGACACUUCAAACUAUAAACGCUUCAUAUAUUGGCAGCAUAGAAAGUGAUAAAAAAAUCACAGCCGUUUGCUUUUCCAAUGCUCCAGAAGGAAUUUCUGUAAAUUCUAUUGCAACAGGAUUAGAAGAUGGAAGUGUGAAGUAAUUAUAAUUUAACUAUUUUGAUUUUAUUGAUGUGCCUUAUACAUAAAUUGCGGAUUUACUGUUUAAUAGAUUAUGGAGUACAUGGGACUUAUCAUUUGUUAGUGAAAUACCAAUAAUUCAUUUUGAUGGAGCAGUUAUAGCGUAAGUUGAUAAAUAAACCUAGUUACUACAGAUGGAUAUUUAAUUGUUUAGUUGUUGUUUCUUGCAGUAUUAUUUAUUCGAGUGAUUCUCAACAUUUAUAUAUAUCUACAGAAGACGGAACAGUGACAAUUUGGGAGUCAUCUGGUACAAAAAAGAUUAGUAAAACACCCAAAUUUUUAAAUCUUAGUGUGCAAUAAAAAACAAAACAUAUUGUGGUGUUGGAAACAUUGAAGUACAUAGUAUUAUAACAAGACUGGUGUAUCUAUAAAUGUUAAUUAUAAAAUUAGUGUUUAAUAAUUAUUAUUGAAAAAUUUA